UCCUUGAGUAGGAUUUCCAUUUUCUAAGCCUGAUAUCAUCUCCCAAUUGGAAAAAGCAGAAAACCGAUGGAUGCAGGAGAGAGAAGUACCCAGAAGCAGCUGCAUAUGGAAGCUCACAUUCACGUAACUCACCGGCCUCUUGUUCCUGCUUCUGGAACCUGCCUUUCUCCUGUUCUUGUUCAUCGAUCAGGUGGGGCCGUGAAGACCUUUUCCCCUUACGACAGCCCUACCUGCUUAAGAUGAUAAGGACAGAAAUUAGCCCCCUUCCUCCUGCCUUUUUCGUCUCUUGGCGCAGAUGCUCUUGGAGGUUGGGUUCACCGUUUGUGGGACCGGGAGAGACGCUCAGGAGUUGUCAUGGAGACCAGACGCGGACAAGUCGCGUGGAGGCGGGGCGAGGAAACGCCGCAGCUGCUGAUUGGCCAGGAAGCCACGCCGUUGCUCAGAGACCGAGAGAUUUCGGUGUGCGCAGGCGCAUUGCUUUCCGGGCGGAGAGGUGUGGCGUCGUUUGUCUUGGGGUGUACGUUGGGAUCCCCGCGCGCUUCUGGUCGGCUGAUCCCAGGGCGGAGCUACCUGUCUUCGUAUACGGCCGGGCGAGACUGAUUUCCCGCACGGUACCACGUCCUGGCUCCGCCGCCACGUCCCGAACCCUCCAGCGAGGCAGGCCGGGGGCGCUGCGGCUCCGCUACGGGUCCAUCCACCAGCUCACCGCGGUCGCUCCUGGAGAGGCUGCGCGGCCGGGCAGAUGCCGGCCUGGUGUCUCGCACCGCGGCGCAGCGACUCGGGCGCCAAGGACUGGCGGUGGACUCGGGCCGUCCGCUGCUGUGGGGCGGCCGAGCCCCGCUGUGUCCACUGUGGGAGCCUGGAGAGCCACUGACCGUGGGUGCCCCGAGGAACCCGUUCCUCCUGGGGGGUGGGGGAGCAGGGAGCGCGGGGGCAUGUUCGAGAGGGCGCAGGACUCCGUCUGGAGCCUUUGGAGCCUGCACAGGAAGAAACUGCAGGCGAGAUUGUCUUUAGCCAAGGCAGGCUCCCAUUCGGAUGGUGUCUUAAAUCAUUGUGAGGGAAUUUCCAGCAAGGUGGGCUGGGUGCCAUCCCGGUCUCCUCCUGUCUCCUUUUCCUGUUUCAGGACUCCUGUGUUGGUAUGAAGAAGCCCUAAUCUGGCCCAAUUCCCCUCAUGUGGAUGCUCUUGUCCAACUUUUCUGUGGUGCUGAGUGCUAAGAUUUUAUUUCGUUCCUCUUCACCACGGCAUUGGACUUCUCAAAGAGUAGAGAUGGGGACCCUAUUUGUCCCCUCCCUCACUUGGGGGAGAAAUAUUCAGGCCUA